AACACUGGAGGAGAAAAACUCGCCAUUCCCGACCACUUCCUGCUAUCCAAAACAGUAGCACAGAAACACACAGCUGUUUGCUGGUGCCAGAUGUUAACCUUGGUGCGGUGCUGUGAUUUUAGCACUGGACCGUGAAAACAGCGUUUUGUACGCGACCUGCAUACAUUUUGCCACAAUGCGCAAACGGUAGGUUUGGUGUACCAGGAGCUGAUGCACACAAUAAGCGUGAUGUCAUGUAGAAUAACGGAGAAUCAUCAUCAGCACCGGAACGCCAUCACGGAACUGUGUAAACGCAUAAAGCAGAGACGUCUUCUAUCGAUCGCUGAAAGUGUGUAGGUGUCUCGUUGCAUCAGUGUCAGAGGAUUUCACGUUCCCAGAUGGCGUCAAAUUCGCGAGUGUCCAUUCUGGAUUACUUCAACAUUGUCUUCGAGGGUGAAAAUGGCAAAAUCGAAUCUAAUUGCAAAGCUUGUGGCACAAGGAUACAGGCAAAGCGGACUGUCACCUCCAACUUCGUUACACAUUUAAAGCGUAAACAUCAAGCAAUGUACGAUGAGUUUUUGAGGAAAAAAGAUGUGAAAAGAGAGGCCUAUUCUUCUGGAGCAGUGCAGUCUUAUACACCCAUAAAUGGGGCCAGUCGAACAGCUUCUCAAAAUGGGGCUGGAACAAGCAAAUUUGACCGGAAUGAUCCACGACAGUCCCUUAUUUCAGAAACAAUUGCCAAGAUGAUCAUCCGUGAUCUGCAGCCUGUGCAGACUGUAGAGAACGAGGGCUUCCGUGACUUGCUUAAGCUCCUUGAGCCCCGUUACGUCCCAGAGCCUAGUUAUUACAUUCAACAGCAGCUCCUACCGGCUUACAGCUACCAAGUACAGUUAGCGACCAAACUUGCUCUUUCAGGAAUCGAGUCCUGUAGUAUCACCCUGGACCUGUGCAUGAACAAUGCUGUGUCUGUCAACAACAGUUCUGGAUAUCUUGGAGUCACAUGCCAUUUCAUAACCACAGACUGGCAGAUCAAGUCAUUGUUGUUAUCAUGUAUUCCUCUUCAAAACUAUAGGGAUACUCAGCGCCUUCUCAGUGAAUUCGAUGAGAUCUGUCAUGCUCAUGAUAUCUCAGGUAAAGUAUUUCGCAUCGUUGUUGAUCCCUCCCCUAGUGAAAGCCGUUCUACUUUCUGCCUACCCGGUUUUUAUCUCCAUGUUAAUGGUGUUGUGGAAGAUGAGGAGGAAGCCAGUAGUGAUGAAGAAAAUGGCGAAGGUAAGAAUGCAAUAGGUGGAACAGCAGAGCAGAAUUCUUUAAAUCAGUGCCUGGGUAGGUGUAGGAUAAACUGCUUUGCCCAUUCACUAAGUCAGUGCAUACGAGAAGGGAUCUGUUCUUCUGCUCAAAUAUUCACAACUCUCACAAAAGCAGCUUGCUUCUACAACUAUGUUGUGGCUACAGUGACUCCUGAAAAACUUAGUAAAGUGUUUGGUCCUGGCACAAUCGGAAAUGGACAGCACCCAUCUGAUUCGAACAGGCACUGGAACACCCAGUUAAAAACAAUGCGGCAAAUGCUUGAAUCAUUAGAUUUUUUGGAAGACAUUGUGGACAGAAAUGACUUGGCUCUCAACAGUGUUGAAAAAGCCACUCUGCAAGAACUGGUUGAAAUCUUGGAGCCUUUUGAGGAAGCCACAGAUAUGGUCCAGGGAGACAAGCAUGUGUCUAUCAGUAUUGCUCUCCCCAGUGUCCUGGGCCUACGUAAACACCUGGCAGAAGUUGUGACCCACCAGUGUGCAGGACUGGUAACAGGAUUGACUCAUGCACUGGACCAAAAAUUAGCUGGCGUCCUGGAGGAUCCUUUGUUUGUUACCGCCACUACCCUGGAUCCACAGUUCAAGCUGUCUUGGAGCAGUGACCGAGACUGGCACAAGCAGGUUCUCCUGGAGGAGAUGGGAAAGCACACCCAACCUGUGAGUCCACCAGAGCAGAGUUCAGAUCCUCAGCCAUCUCCAUCUAAAAGGAGCAGACUAUUCUCUUUCAUCAAAGACAGACCUUCUACACAGGCCAAAAGUAUAGAGCAGGAGCUGGCUGCAUACCUCCAUGAAGAGCCCACAGAUGAAGAUCCCCUGCAGUACUGGAAGCGCAAGUCUAUUGAUUUUCCUCUACUUUCACUAAUGGCCAAGAAAGUUUUUACAGUGCCAGCUACAACAACAACAGUGGAAAGGAUAUUCUGCCUUGUGGGCAAAACUCUAAGACCUGAACACUGCCGACUGCUUCCAAAAAACUUAGAUACACUGAUCUAUUUGAACGCCAACUACAGUAUAUUGUGGUCUUAACUAAUUUAAAAGGAUGUUGGGUUUUUUUUAAGUAUACCGACAGUAGAUUUAGAGGUUUUUUCUGUUCAUUCAAAAGAUGCUCUAAACACAAAAUCUAAGAGCAUAAAACUGCUAAUCUAAGACUACCCCGUUAAUUAAGAUGAUUGAGAAGUUAACAAUGCUAAUAUGGUUCUUCUUUAAGACAAAUGAUCAUUAAAAGGUAUGAAAAUGCAGAACCCAGGCUCCCAUGUGGCUCAGUGGUGAUAGAUGUGGUUGUCCUAUCAGAGGGAGAUCAUGAAUUUAAAAAUGAAUACUGACGAUGGGAAAAUAAAAUGAAAAUAUAAAAAUGUUUUUUUUCCCCCUAAAGACAUAACAUAGUUCUAAAGUCUAAUUCAUGCUGAAUACAUGUCACAAACAUAGAAUUUUGCAAAUGGCUUGUGAAAUAUAUUAUUACUCAUUAACUGGCAUAAGAUUACAUCUAUAUGUUGCAUUGGCAUUUCAUAAAAGCACUUUCACAUCUCC